CGGUCCAUCAAGGAGCAGGGGAUGAACAAGCUGCAGGUCAUUUCGGACUUCGACAUGACGCUGAGCCGGUUUGGGUGCAACGGCAGGCGCUGCCCCACGUCGCACAAUAUCCUCGACAACAGUCGUGUUAUCAGCGAGGACGGCAAGAAGAAGCUGAAAGAUCUGCUGCACUAUUACUAUCCCAUUGAAAUUGAUCCCAACCGGACCCUGGAAGAGAAGCAACCUCUCAUGGUGGAGUGGUGGACCAGGGCCCAUGACCUGCUGUCGCAGCAGAAGAUCCAGAGGGGUGACAUAGCCCAGAUAGUCAGAGAAUCCGACGUGAUGCUGAGGGAUGGAUUCAAUGAAUUGUUUGAUCAGCUGCACAAGUACAACAUCCCGCUGUUCAUCUUCUCUGCUGGCGUCGGUGACAUCCUUGAAGAGAUUAUCCGUCAGGCCAAUGUCUUCUACGCCAACGUCAACGUGGUGUCCAACUACAUGGACUUUGAUGAUAAUGGGAUCCUCAGGCGCUUCAAGGGGCCCCUCAUCCACACCUACAACAAGAACAACAGCGUGCUGCAGGGUACGGAGUAUUUCCAGCAGCUGAGCGCUAGGACCAGCAUCAUCUUGCUGGGGGACUCCAUGGGUGACCUGACGAUGGCAGAUGGUGUUCCCAGUGUGGAAAACAUCCUCAAGAUUGGCUUUCUCAACGACAAGGUGGGUGAGCGGAGGGGGAAGUACCUGGAUGCCUACGACAUCGUGCUGGAGCGCGACGAGACGCUGGAUGUGGUCAACGGGAUCCUCCGGUACAUUCUUAUCGAGACCUGA